GCUCUACAUCACCGGAGCUCUAGAAAAAUUUUGCUUUUUUCAGAAAAAUUAACAAAAUAUUGUUUUAUGCUAAAACGGAGCUAAACAUUAAAAUCUAAGCGUAACGGUUACAAACGCCACAAGAAUAAGGAUAUAGCAGAUUUCUUUCUUCAGCAGACACAUUUUGGAUUAUUAAUUUAAGGACUUUAUAAAAUAAAGUGUUUGUGUGUUAUGAAGUGAUUAUUUAAUUUUGUUUACAAUUAUAAAGAAUAUUUUUCAACACAAAAACUAUAGUAAUUGUUAUUAAAAAAAUAUCUGAUAUGAAGUUGUUUUUGGCAUUUCUGUGCCUUAGCGGUACAGUAUUGGCAGAAAGAACACCGAAAUCGAUUCCAGAUUGUAUACACGCCUUAAAUGCUGCCUACGGCUAUAUACCACCGGAAGUGAAAUUUUCCAUAACACCCGGAGAGACUUCGUUGAAAACAUCACCUUCUCUAUCAACUUACGCGGAAAAUGGUAAACUACAAUAUGCUUCGGUAGGCUCCUCUUCCUCGUCGUAUGAAGCAUCGGCUGGUAUAUCCGGCUAUACUCAUGGUGGCGGACCAGUGCAGGUCACAAAGUAUGUGGCGCCGGUAAAGAGUAGUAACUAUGAACCAGCCGUGACCUAUGCCAAAGGUGGUUCCAUUACUUAUGCCGAUAGAUCGCCAGCCUCGAAAUUUGCCGCCGUUGUACCUUCUGGAAUAGAAUUUAAGAAUUUGGUUACUCCCACUAUUAGCAACAAGAAAUCGGGUAAUACCUAUUUACCACCGGUAAAUACCAAAGUAGAAACCUAUCAAAGUCCUGGUUAUACUUAUAGUAAAUCUACUCCUGGUAUUACAAAAACAGCUACUUAUACCACUACAGGUGGUGGUUCUUUGGAUCUGAGCAAAUUUGGAGGAGAUUUAACGAAACUUGGUUUUAGUUCCCCGGCUAUAACGACAAAAAUUGAAUCAUUUACUUCACCUGGCUAUACGUUUUCCAAACAGACACCGGGCUACUCUAAAAUCGAAACCUAUACAACGGGUGAUUAUGCUAAAGCUGGAAAUUUGGAAUCAAUAUUUUCGAGUAGUGCUUAUAAUCCAUUUGCGGGUGCAAUAAGCUAUGCGCCUAAGGUUACCUAUGGGGCGCCGACUUUAACCAAACUAUCCGCUGUAACAGCCCACAGUAAUUUGGCUUCGUUUUCGGCGCAACCCCUUUUUGCUAAAGCUUUAACACCCAGCCCUGCUGCAGUUUAUGCUCCCAGUUUGUCGCGAAGUUAUUUGCCUAGUUUGCAGACGACAGACUAUACUAAGACUUUAAGUGGAGGCCUCUCUCAUCAGUAUGUUUCAAAACCCGCUCCUGUUAUUACCACCCAAUAUGUUUCAGCGCCUGCUAAAGUGGCCACAUAUGCUGCACCAGUUGCUUCUCACUAUAUCUCAGCGCCCGUUAAAGUAGCCACCUAUGCAACGGGAAAUGCUCAUUUGGGACAAUAUGUGGCACCUGCAGUAGCCAAAGUACAAGCUGCUUAUGUAGCCCCUAGUGUGGCCAAGGUGGCCUCCUAUUCUGCCCCCACACUGGUUUCCGGUUAUGCUGCACCUGCCGUGGCCAAAGUAGCAACUUAUGCCGCACCUAGUUCUGCUCACAUUAGCUCUUCGGGGGGAGCAAUUUCUCAUCAAUAUGUCUCAAAGCCCGCCUCACAUAUCACCGGUUAUGCAGCGCCCGCUGUGGCUAAAGUUGCUACUUAUUCCGCUCCGGCCAUAGCCAAGGCCACCUAUAGUGGUGGUGAUUCGUUGCAUUAUUCUUCUGGUGGUGGACUUUCCCAUCAAUAUAUCUCCAAACCUGCUGCUCAAGUAACAACUUAUGCUGCACCUGCAGUUGCCAAAGUUGCCACAUAUUCGGGCGAAAGUUUAGGCCACUUUAGUUCCAGUGGUGGUGUUUCACAUCAAUAUGUUUCGAAACCAUCGGCGCAUAUUACAGGCUAUGCGGCACCAGCAGUGGCCAAGGUAGCCUCCUAUGCAGCACCAGCAAAAGUUGCCACCUAUGCCGCUCCCGCCGUAGUUAAGGUUGCCAGUUAUUCGGAAGGCAGUUCAGCACAUUUCAGUUCCAGUGGAGGUGUUGGUGGUGGCGCCGUUUCACAUCAAUAUGUUUCCAAACCAGCGGGUCAUAUUACCGGCUAUGCUGCUCCAGCUGUAACUAAGGUUGCCAGCUAUUCCGAAGGUCAUAUUACCGGCUAUGCUGCUCCAGUUGUAACCAAGGUGGCCAGUUAUGCCGCCCCAGUUGUUAAGGUUGCCAGCUAUUCGGAAGGCAGUUCAGCUCAUUUCAGUUCCAGUGGUGGAGGUGGCGCUAUAUCACAUCAAUAUGUUUCAAAACCUACUGGACAUAUUUCGGGCUAUGCUGCCCCAGCUGUAGCCAAGGUUGCCACUUAUGCAGCCCCAGCUGUAGCUAAAGUUGCCACCUAUGCCGCACCGGCUGUGGUUACCAGUUAUUCAGGAGGUGGAGGAGCCCAUUAUAGUUCUAAUGGUGGCGGCGGUGCUGUUUCUCAUCAAUAUGUUUCGAAACCCACCGCCCAUAUAACCGGUUAUGCAACACCCACCGUAGCUAAAGUUACUCCUGUUGUUGCUGCUCCAGCAGUUGCAACCUAUGCUGCCCCAUCUGUAGUUAAGGUUGCCAGCUAUUCUGGCGGAAAUUCAGCUCAUUUCAGUUCCAGUGGUGGAGGUGGUGCGGUAUCACAUCAAUAUGUUUCAAAACCCACAGCUCACAUAACUGGUUAUGCCGCGCCAGCUGUAGCCAAGGUUGCCAGCUAUGCUGCCCCUGUAGUGACAGCACCUGCUGUCGCUAAGUUGCCACCUAUGCUGCCCCGUCUGUUGUUAAGGUUGCCAGCUAUUCGGAGGGUAGUUCAGCCCAUUUCAGUUCCAGUGGUGGUAGUGGCGCCAUAUCACAUCAAUAUGUUUCAAAACCAACUUCUCAUAUUACAGGUUAUGGCCCCAGCUGUUGCUAAGGUAGCAACCUAUUCUGCUCCAGUUGUAGCUGCUCCUGCAGUUGCCAAAGUUGCUACCUAUGCUGCCCCGGCUGUGGUUAAGGUUGCCAGCUAUUCCGAAGGUAGUUCAGGGCAUUUUAGUUCCAGUGGUGGUGGAGGUGGAGCCGUAUCCCAUCAAUAUGUUUCUAGACCAGCCACCCAUAUAACUACUGGCUAUGCAGCACCUGCUGUUGCCAAAGUUGCCACCUAUGCGGCUCCUGCUGUAGCAGCGCCCUCUGUUGCUAAGGAUGGAGGUUAUACCUAUGAAGCCCCUGCAGUAGCUGUUAAGUUGGGUGCAGGUUAUACGCAGGAAAGUUUAGGACACUUUAGAUCCAGUAGUGGCUAUGCGGCUCCUGCUGUAACCAAAGUGGCCACUUAUGCCGCACCCGCUGUAGUUAAGGUUGCCGGCUAUUCGGGAGACAGUUCCGCCCAUUACACUACCAGUGGAGGUGGUGGUGGCGCUGUAUCACAUCAAUAUGUUUCAAAACCCGCCACACAUAUAACCGGUUAUGCUGGUCCCGCUGUAACCAAGAUAGCAACGUAUUCAGCUGCUCCCGUUAUUGCCAAACCUUCUACUCUCCUAAACGCUCCAGUUGUUUCCAAAGUUGCCACCUAUCAAACACCAGCUGUAGUUAAAGUAUCGUCCUAUUCCGGUGGUGAAAGUUUAAGCCAAUACGUUUCGGGUGGUGGUGGUGCACAUGGUGCCGUUUCCCAUCAAUAUAUUUCCAAACAAGCUCCUCAAUCAAUAGCUUAUGCAGCUCCUGCUACAGCUAAGGUAGUAUCCUAUGCUGCUCCUGCUAUUGUAGCAGCACCUGCUGCCGUUAAAGUCGCUUCUGCCCAUUAUACUUCCUCCUCGGGUGGUGCCGUUUCUCAUCAAUAUGUUUCCAAACCCGCCACCCAUAUUUCAGGCUAUGGUGCUCCCGCUGUAGCUAAGCUAGCUACCAUAACAACACCUACUCUAACCCAAUAUGUUUCAGCUCCGGCUGUUGCUAAAGUAGCAACCUAUAAUGGGGAAAGUUCUUUAAAGUUAACCUCGUCCGGAGGUGGCGCUGUAUCACAUCAAUAUGUUUCCAAACCAGCAGGCCAUAUAACAGCAUAUGCAGCCCCAGCUGUAUCCAAAGUUGCCACCUAUAUUGAACCUCAAUUGGUAUCAAAGCCUGCGCUUCAGUUAACCGGUUAUGCUGGCCCCGCAAUAGCAAAAGUAGCCACUUAUUCUGGUCAAUCGGCUACUCAUAUUUCCUCCGGAGGCGGCGGUGCUGUUUCACAUCAAUAUGUCUCCCAACCCGGCUCUGCCAUCACUAAAGUUGCCUCCUAUAGCUCACCUGCUGUAACGCAUAUAGCUAGCCAACCUUCAACAGUGAACAAAUAUGAAUCCCGAGUCCAGUAUGCUUCACAGCCUGCGGUAGCCAAGGUUUCAGGUUAUCAGCCCAUUGCUACUAUUGGUAAAUAUGAGACCAGUGCUGGUGGGGCCGUAUCUCAUCAAUAUGUUUCGAAAGCAACACCACAAGUUUCGGUUUUAGCCGCUCCCGCAGUAGCUAAAGUAGCCACUUAUAGUACUCCGACUCUGAGCCAUUAUGCUGUCCAGCCUGCCUUAACUAAAGUGGCUACAUAUCAAACCGGUGGUCCGGCCAUUGCGAAAGUUGCGACCUACUCUGCCCCAGCAUUAACACAUUACUCCAGCGGCCCGUCUAUAGGCAAACUAGCAACAAUUUCUUCUAGCUCGCACAGUUCCGGAGCAAUAUCACAUCAAUAUGUUUCUAAACCAGCCUUAGGCGGUUAUGCCGCUCACGCUUAUGCUCAAUAUGCUACCGGACCCGCUUCAUACUCCUACGGCUCUUUACAUACGCCCCAUGUUAAUCCUCUCUUUACUAGUUCCAGUAUUGCUCGUUAUGGCUCCAGUGGCGCAGUAUCCCAACAAUAUUUAGCCAAACCGGUACAGUUAAGUGGCAAGCUAUCAGGUUAUACUACAGGACCCGUUUUAGGCAAGGUAGUUUCACAAAGUGCAGGUGCAGUGUCACAUCAGUAUGUCUCUAAACCAGCGGUGGCCACAACUUUGAUCUCCGGACCUGCACACGCUAAAGUAACUUAUGGUACCAAAUUAAUCUCCUCCUCAGGCGGUCUUGGUACGCAUCAACUACUUAGCCAACCUUUACAAACUGUACAACUAACAGCUCCCGCUAAACUUUCUGUAUCUUCUUUGCAUGGUUCUGCAAUUCAUGGUUCGACUGGUCAUGGGGGCGCAAUAUCUCAUCAAUAUGUCUCGAAACCUGUGCACGGUAUUGCUGUAGCUAAAACUGGCUCACUUGCGGCUCCUCUAGUGGUAGGUGGUUCCAGUCAAAUAUUCAGCUUUAAGUUCUGGUUAUAUUACAAGCGGUAUUGGGGCUCAUGGUGCAGCCAUUUCUCCUCAAUAUAUUUCUCAGCCUUCGCUACUAAAAGCGGGUGGCUCUUAGCUGCCGGUCAUUUAGUGGCCAAACCUUUGGCCGCUCCCGCCCUACAUUUAACAACUGGGCAUGGUGCUGCCUUUUCUUCACAACAUGUAGCUGGACAUGGUCUGGGUCUAGGUCUAACAAAUCUACAUGGCGGCUCUUUAGCUGCUGGUCACCAGGGUAUAUUGGGUGGUUACUAUGGUGCCAUUUCUUUGGGUCAUGGUGGCACCUCUCCUGCCAUAACCGGCUAUCAGGGCGUUUUAGGUUUAGCUACACAUGGCCGAGCUCCUUUAGGCUCCAUUCAUGGCCUUAAAGGGAUCCACGCCUCUUCAAUACCAACAGGUCAUGGUGGUUUACCUUUGGGUUCAUUAGGUCCCCUGGGUCCUUUGGCUGGCUAUCAACAUGGUGUCGGCGGUAUAGGUCCAUUGGGUGCUAAUUUCUAUCGUUAUGCUCCUGCUGUACCCGCCCUCCGUUCACAUACCUUAACACCGGCGGCCUUUUUGAGAAAUACACCCAUUAUAAAGCCGGCCAAAAUUAAAUUGAUGACUGAACAGCAUUUAGAAUAUUUUAAUGAUCAUCCUCGCUAUGCUUUCGAAUAUGGCGUCAAUGAUCCCACAACCGGUGAUAUAAAACAUCAGCGUGAAGAGCGUGAUGGUGAUGUAGUGAGAGGUGAAUAUUCCCUAGUGGAACCAGAUGGUAAUGUACGCACUGUUAAAUACUAUGCUGAUUGGGAAACGGGUUUCCAUGCUCAAGUAAUAAAUAGUCGAGAUGCCGUAAAGACUCUUACUAAACGUACUGCCAGUAAAUCAUAA